AUGGGCAAUUGCAUCCGUUUGCAGAAGCCGCUGACAUGGGUCGACGAAGAUGACGACGACUGGGGAUUGGAGGAGCUCAAGCUCUCAAGAAAGCACCAAGAGCAGGCGCCAACAACCGAUACGGAGGAGAAGACGAAGGCCGCCGUGAAGUCGACGGAGAUCAAGAUCAAGAUCAGCAAGAAGCAACUGGAAGAGUUGCUGCGGCAGGCCGACGCCGAGGGCUUGCCGCUGCUGCAAGUUCUCUCUGCCUUCGUCGAGCCCGAGAGUCAUUGGAGGCCGAAGCUACAGACCAUACCGGAGUAG